AGCUGUGUAAAGUAAGCACAGAAAUAGUGCAGUGCAUAUGGAUAUGAAGAGGUAAAAGGUCACAAGUCCACAGUGCGUGCAGCAAUGGCCUAGACUGUGCGUGUAUUACGUAUGUAGCGCGCGAGGUACCGGUUGAGCUGAGCUGUGCAUGCAUAAUUAUCUAGACCUAUGUCUGUGUUUGUUGACGAUUUGUGGAUAAAACAGGAAGAUUGCAGCUCUCUAUCUCGCAAGUUUGCCUGAGAUAAGUGAAACUGCUCGUUCAGACAGGAUUAAGGGCAUUUGGAUUUUACUGUCUGACUGUCUGACGUUAACUUACUAACUGACCGUAGAAUCUUUCACCAUGGCUCCUAAAAACCCGGUGAUGAACGUGGUCGCGUCUCCCGAAGAUGCGGGGACUCUGGACACCGACCUUGAGAAUACACCAUACCCGGCAGGAUAUCAACAGGAACAGAAGCGUCCUCCUCCACAGAUCGUCUGGCGUAACGUGAUGCUUAUGUGCCUCCUGCAUCUAGUGUCCGUCUAUGCCCUAUUGUUCACUGUCUGGAAGUGCAAGAUGUACACGCUCGUCUGGACUGUGUUCCUGUACUUCCUUACUGGUCUUGGAAUCACAGCAGGAGCGCACAGACUUUGGGCUCACCGUUCCUACAAGGCCAAACUUCCUCUACGUACCUUCCUAGGCAUGUGCCAGACAAUGGCUUUCCAGAAUGAUAUAUAUGACUGGGCCCGUGAUCAUCGAGUGCAUCACAAGUUUUCCGAGACCGACGCCGAUCCACACAAUGCACUACGAGGAUUCUUCUUCGCCCACGUCGGCUGGCUCCUCGUCAAGAAACACCCGGAUGUCUGUGAAAGCGGAAAGAAACUCGAUUUCUCCGACCUUAUGGAAGAUCCAAUUGUCAGAAUUCAGAGAAAGUUUUACCUGCCUUUUGUGCUAUUAUUCUGCUUCAUCAUACCAUCCUACGUCCCAACUUACUGGGGCGAGUCUGCGAUGAACGCUUACCUGGUCUGCGGUCUCCUCCGCUACUGCCUCAAUCUGAACGCCACGUGGUUGGUCAACAGCGCCGCCCACAUGUGGGGCCAACACCCAUACGAUUACACCAUCCAACCGGCCGAGAACCCGUUCGUCACCACCCUGGCCCUGGGCGAGGGAUGGCACAACUACCACCACGUGUUCCCCAACGAUUACCGAACCGGCGAGUUCGGCUGGCGUAUCAACCCGACGUCGAUAUUCAUCGACGUCAUGGCGUGGUUCGGUCAGGUCACGGAUCGCAAGCUGAUCGCACCUAACGUCAUCCUGGCUCGCAAGCAACGCACAGGGGAGAAUAACCAUUGUGAUUAGGUUCAAGAUACAACCCCUUUUUUAAUAACUUAAGGACUGAAUAUUGAUUAAAGGGGUUUUAUCUAUUUAACCCUUCCUCUAUAAGCUCCAUUCAGCGUCAUUAAAAGUAUCUGAAAUGAUUAUCUAGCAUGUUUAUUUCGCAUUAUAAUACGAUAUUGGAAAUGAGUAGGCAUGAAUCCUUGUCUAGACACAGUGUUUCGGAUUUGUUCGAAAUUGGUGUUGAAUGAAAACUGGUUUGCCAGAUUAUUGGAUCUACUCACACCAACGGUAGUCCUUUGAACAAGCCCCUAAGAAAAAUGAAAUUUUACUACAUGGGGGCCCAUUGCACACAAGAGACGCUGCUGACUGACCUAUGAAUGCGUCAGGUCAGUCACUGGCGCAAUCUCUGACGCAAUCUCUGACGCAAUCUCUGACGCAAUCUUUGACGCAAUCUUUGACGCAUAGCAUAUGCGAGAGUGACAUACAGAAAAUGAAUUCAGAAUGAACAGUGUAAACAUUGCUGUGAGUUAUUUGGUUUGUGGAGGUGUUGUGGUGUUGUGGUUCAUUCACUUGACUCUCAACCCAAGGGUUGAGGGUUCGAAUCCCAGGACGGCACUAACGUCCGUCGGUAAGACAUUAAUCCACAUUUGCUAUUUAUUAGUCAUAUAGGCUUAAAAUAGGAACCUGGCAAUUAAAUUGCUUUGGUAAUAAUAAAUACAGGGCCCAUUGAUAUUGAUGAGGUUUCCCUGGGUAAACACAAUUAUCAUCAUCAUUAGAGUAUACAGUAUAGUUACUGACGUUUUCACUACUAGUAACUCGUAGACAUUCAUGUACAUUUAGGUAAUAACGCAAUCAUAGUGACACUUCAUGUUCAACGGGCUUGCGUCAAAACUUACGUCAAGCUUUUUUUUUUCGGGGGGGGGGGGUUGACCCGUGUCUGGCUGAUUUUCUUUAUUAUUUAUUUGCGAUGGGUGUCUUCACAUACAAAGUCAGCAGAGGGUGAUGAAAAUGCAAGAUGAGAAUGCGAUUAUGCGUUCUUGGUAUAUUUGUUGUUUUCCACUUUCCAAUCCAAUUAUGGGAUUUGUUGAGCGCCAAUAUCUAGUUGCCUAAUCAUAGGCGCUGAUGACUGGCUAGUUGUAAGCAAUGUAAGUCUUCAGUUUGGUUCUGAAAGUGGAAAGCGGGUCUCAAAAAUUAAAUUAAAAAUUUCGGAUAUUCUUUUUGAUUUACAUAAGUAUUCAAAUUCAAGUAUUGGAAAAGGAAGAUUUCCAAUGGCGGAGCAGGUAUUAGGUUCCACGUAUCCACGAUCGGGCAGUGGAAUGGACUGCUCUUGUAGAGAUCAUUUAUUUUCUUGUAUACUUGUAACUGGUUUUCAUUUUGUUGGAUAAAUUGUUUCAUACCCAAAAUCCUAACCAUUAAGACAUGUAUAAGGUAUGUGUAUGAAUAUAUGGAUAAUAUUGAUGAAUGGUUAGUCUUUUUAAAGAUCAUUUGCAACGAUCGAGAAAAUCUUUAUCGCUCUCGUCCUUCUGUUGUAUAUGAAUAGAACGCGUAUGCCGAAACAGUUUACGAGUAUGUUUUCUCUAUAGCAAAGUGUAAAUACCUUUGGAUAUUUUGCAUUCGGGUAAUUGGGCUUCUGUAAAUAUUUCGUAUGGGACAUUAGGUUAAUGAUUUCCUUAACAACUGAUUGUAUGGAUAAUUGAAAACAGUGUUGUGUAGUAAAUUAAUGGUGAUGUCAUUUGGGGGGAAAAGAGUUAAUUGUCGUAUUGAGUGAUUUUCUUCAUAUUCGUAUUAGACGAGAGAUUAGAUUGUCGUACGAGACUCACUUCAAGAAUCUGCCACUUUCUGAGAUUUGUCUAUAAACAGAAGCACCUGAAUAUGUUCCAUUUUAUGGACUAUUUCAUUAGAGUUUCAUCAUUAAAUGUAUAGAUUAAUUUCCCAUUCAAAUAAUUAACAAAUAACAAAUAACUAACAUGAUAGCCUCGCGCAAAGCACUUAACAUGUUAGUUCAAGAUAAAUACAUCUAUAGGGGUGACCAUCGUUAUGAAAUAAUGAACAGUUCAUGUUCAGAUCUGAGCAGCGUCAUAUGACAAAACCACACGUAAAGCCUGUUCUUAGAGGAUAACUAAUAAAAAAAUUUCUUUUAGCACAAACAGUAAACUUAAGCACUUUUCGAAUCGCAUGCAUCCCUUUUCUACAGGAGUCACUCACGGGGAAGUCCAACUUGAACUUUUUUUUCUUUUUUUUUUAAAGAUGCACCCUUACCAACCCACGUAAGAAAGAAAUCUAUUCCGUGAACAAUAAAUUAGAAAAUUAAUGUUUAUGGCAUUUUUUGUACAGAGUAAACUAGAGAGAACCUCGUAAGAUACGUCACAGUGUUGCCAAUUUGUGUUUCACUGAUGACAACUUUCAAAAGAUUUCCUAUUUUUGAUAGGAUAUUCCUCAAACUUUCACUUAAAUGUGUUUCUCUCAUUUUGUUCUGCUUUUAUUAAUACCAACCAAACAAAUUAUCAGGGUGGACUUCCCCUUCAACAACUCAUAAUUUGUCUAAGACUUGCCCGACACCGCAACAACUAAUCUACACAACUAAUCUACACAACUUGCACUCUGCCUCUCGAAAUACUUUUAGGGGCGAAGAUAAAUACUAGAAUGUAUUUUGACUUGUGUACCAAAUGGUAAAUGAAGUCGGCUGUGUUGAUGAAAAAAAGAUGGGAAAUAAAAUUACGAAGUAAAAAUUGGAGUAUGAAAGAAAGAACAUUCUAUUGGGUAAAUUAAUCAAUCGUCUAUUUUUAUUUUUUUGUGCCGGUCUGUUCUUAGACAUAAGUGCAUGAUUUAUCACAGUUUGUUAAAACAAGCGUUUGCACAGAUUGGUAUUCAGUUUGGGAAACAGCGGUUAGUUUACUUUACUUUUUAAAAGGUUUGUUGUUUGCCUUGCAUGUUUCUUGUGUGUGAUGUUUAUCAGUUAACUCGGAAACUCGCUUUCUAAUAAAAUAGGUAUAAUAUGAUUAUAGCUAAAUUCAAAGUAUUACUUCAGUAAUGUUUAUAUUCAACAUGUUGUGAAUAUAUUCGUAAGAACACGUGGAUACAAGAUAAACAAAUUACAUAUGUUUCUAUAUCAGCCUGUAGUUUAAGAAGAAAUAACAAUUGAAAAGUCGAUACUUGCAUCGCAUGCAGCAGUAUCAUUGAUUAUGAAGCACUGUUUGUAGUAAGUCGAAAGUGUAUAUAAGCACCACAGAAACCACUACGUUUCUAUUCGAACGCAAGAAUUCCGUAAUCUAUUGAUUUCUAUAUUACUGAUGUAAGAAAUUCUUAAACGCAUUUUAGAAUUCUUUCUAAUUUUGUUCUUUGUACCCAUGUCACCAAGUGCCAGUUAAGUUUUGUUUGCUUUUGUUUGAAAAAUGAAGUUAUAUAUUGGAAAUAAAUAAAUGCACGGUAUUUCUCUUGUGUUAUAAGAAGACACAAAUAAAUGAAAAAUAAGGAAUGUGUA